UUAUCAUUGCUUUCUUCUUUCUUCGAAAUUUAGUGUGAAGUUAAUCAGUAAAACAUGGACUUAGUGUUGAGAAUUUAGAUACAAACUGAAUGUAGCCCAUAAUGUUUAAAAAUGAAAUGUUUACAAAAUAAUGAAUACAGUUCAAAAUAAUGAGUGAUACAAUACAUGUUCUAGGAUAGUAAUUGCUACAGUUGAAUAGAACUUGUGUAAUUCUUCAUAAAAAUGGAAGACAGCAAUAUAAAAUGUCCUGUUUGUUGCGAUAGGACUUUUGAUUCUAAGAGUACACUGCUAGAACAUUUGAUUAAUAUUUUGAAAAACUUAUACUGUCCCAUUUGUGAUAAUAAACAAGCGACACUAGUACAUCUAGUUGAUCAUCUAACCCAAAAUGAUUGUCAAAAAGAAAAGGAAGAAUUAAAAGAAUUUUCGGUCAUACUACAAGAUCAAACUGAUAAUAUUAAAAACGAACAUUUCGAAGUAUUAUCAAGUGAAACUGUUGACCAAUCUGCUAAAGGUAACACAACACCAACACAUGCAUUAGAUGCUCAAAUAGAUGGGAAUGAUGUUGGUAAGAUGUAUGUUGAAUUAAUUGGUAAGGAGUUGAUGAAACCUUGCCUCCAAACUCAGGAGUUGAAAUUAGUAAAAGAAGAUGGAGAAAGUCGAUACAUGAUUAUAACUCAUCCAACCAACCGUAACAUAGAAAACACUAUUGUAACUAAGCAGAACAAUGAUGGAACUAUUUCUUUAACAGUUAAAGAUGUAGUGGGAGAAUCAGACAACUUAACUGCAUUGAGAGUAGAAGAAAAAGAAUUGAAUCAAGAAGAAAAUAUAUAUAGCUGCAAUACUUGUGGAGUAUCAUUCUCAUCUGUACUAGAACACAUACAAAACUAUCAUAAUGAUCAGGAGGUUGUAGUUGAAGAACCAAUAGAUGAAGUAGAAAAUAAAUUAACGUAUGACCCAAUGCAAACUGAUGAUGAAAAUGGGCAAGACAAACAAAUAUCACGAAGGGUGAUCACAGAGACUGGAGAUAUUCUUGAAGCACCAUUAUUGACAAAUUCAAAUCCGUUAAUGUCUGAAGAGCCUAUAGAAGAUCCAUUAGCAGAUAGCAGUGAACUAUCGUCGCUGUUACAUAACCAGUCGGAGUUUACGUCAAAAAUUGUAUUGAUUGAAGAUCUUGAAAAUACAAUGGAAGAAGAAAAGCAGGAUAAGCCCCUUGCUUGCCAUAAAGUGGUAGUGAAAGCUAUAAAGCUACAAAAUGGAGAUUUGGCCAAGAUGUACUAUUGUAAGUCUUGCAUGAUAUAUGUGCCAAAUAUCAACGACUUCAAAUCUAAACCGUGCAAGAUCUUGAAGUACGCAUGUCCGCAUUGUUCAGCCGUAUAUGAGAAUUCGAAAUCAUUACAUGCACAUAUGAAAAUUCAUAAACCAAAACAAGAUAAUAAUGCAGAAGCACCGUUGACAUAUGAAUGUGAACUAUGUUGCACGGUGUUUUCAACUAAUAAAUCGUUGAAACUACACAAACGGAUGCACGAUCCACAAAAAGCCCGCCCCAUUGAGCUUCCCGUGAACAGCAAGGACGGUACCGAGUCGUCAGGCAAACGGUUCUUGUGCCGCGUGUGCAAUAAACUAAUACCAAUCGAAUAUUUGACCGUCCAUCAGAAUUCUCAUAAAACGAACAACAUGUUCAACUGCAGUAUCUGCAACAAGAAGUUCAACUCAAACGAGUAUCUCGAGAUGCAUAUGAACGUACAUAAUUUAGAAAAGGUAACGGUAAACAAACAGGACAAAUCGCUUCCAUACAAUUGUCUUUAUUGCCACAGAAGGUUCGCCAGACCGCACGAGAAGGUCAAGCAUGAGAGGAUACACACAGGCGAGAAGCCCCACUCGUGCGAGAUAUGCGGGAAAUCGUUCAGAGUCUCGUACUGCCUCACGCUGCACAUGCGCACGCACACCGGAGCUAGACCCUACGAAUGUCCGCAUUGUGGGAAAAGGUUUAAAGCGCACAGCGUGUACAACCACCAUUUGCUGACCCACUCCGACGUCAGAGCCUACAAGUGUCCUUACUGCCCUAAAGCGUUCAAGACAUCGGUGCAACUCGCCGGACAUAAAAAUUCUCACACGAAGCCGUUUUCGUGUCAGCACUGUAACAGGCCCUUCGCAUCGCUAUACGCCGUCCGAGUGCACACGGAGACGCACUUGCGCCAGAACAACUUGAAGUUCUCUUGCUCGUUGUGCGGCGCCAGUUACGCGCGAGCCUUCGCCCUCAACGACCACAUGAAGCAAGCGCACAAGGCGGUCGUCAACCCCACCGAGGCCUUGACGGUCAAUGACGAUAAGUGGGUCAUCAUAAGCGACACAGAGGACAUACAAGAUCUGAACAAGGAUCUGUCACAAGACGUAUCAGACCUCGGAAUCGGUGCAGACACAUUAAUAAUUCCUUAAACGUGUUAAAAAUUACAUAUAAAAGUUCCAUAUUUGUUUUUUAUAUUUAUAUCAAAAUCAAAAUUUAAUAACUAAAUCAAAUUU